GAGCUCGCAUUCUCAACAAGCAACGUGGGCACUGUGUCGCCACUGAACUCACUAAUCUCGCCAUCAUCGCUCAAAACCAAAGCUCAUCUCUCAAAGCGGCCACGAAGCAGCGGCCAUGGCAUCAGAGAGCGACUUCUAGGGCUUGUCCUCCUUCCCAUGGCGGCUUCCCUGAAGCUUUCUCCCCUCCGAUGCCUCCCUCUUCCCUUCCCUUCCUCCAAGAAGCUCGACUUGAAGCCUUUUCUCUUUCGCUUGCCGCCCUGCCGCGCUGCCAAGCAGCAACAGGCGGGUCCUGUGAAGAAGAGACCAGGGAAGAAGAGAGCUUCGGAGAAGAAGAUAAUUUCCGGCGAUGAUGCGAUUGAGGUUGUCCGGGAGCUGGAGGCACCGCCGCGAACCAGCGGAGGACGCACCUCGCCGCUUCCCAAACCCCCCGCUGGCUUUGUGCUCGACCCUCACGGCAGAGUCCUUGCCGCCUCUAACAAACGCAUCGCCACCAUUGUUGAUGCUACAAAUAAUUUGCCUCUAGAAUGCACAAUUAGAAGAGUUUUUCGGAGCUCUCAAGGGGAUGAGUGCAUGCUUCUCUGCCCGGUUGAUACGCCUGUACAAAUAUUGAAAAGCACAAACUUCAAUGGAUGGUCAGCUGUCAAUGAUGAAGAAGUUGAAUCCAUCCUUCCUGCAGCUGCAUAUGCCCUAGCUAAGAUUCAUAUGCACCUUGUGAUCAGUGGGUUUUGUUACACUGCUAGAGGAGGAUUUUGCUAUUCUGAAGAAGACAUACUUGAAUUUGGCACUGAUGAUGGUGAAGACAUUGAUGGCUUGCCUGGUGAAGGUGUGGAAAUAACAUGCUUCCAUUUGGAUGGGGCACAUUACAUGAUCUAUACUCCAUCUGAUCCACUUCUUUUUGUUGCUGUUAAGGAUAAAAAUGACCGGUUGCAAAUUGCUGAUGAUGACCUUCUGGAGGAUCCAGCUAUAAUUGGUGCCAUAGAUGAGGAGACAGAAUUUAAUGCUUUGGUGGAGGAGGAGGCUGCCCUUCUUGAAUCAUUGUUGGGUGAGAGAUGACCACACUCUUGAAAACAUAGUUUAAAUAUUAGUUCUCUAAACUAGAACUUACUUCUAAAACCUUGAACUUUUUGGUUUGUACAUAGGUUGUUUUUAUGGAUGUUUUGUAUGGUUUUCUGUUCCAAGUUGUUUUUCAAUAUUAUAACCCAAAGGAAAAAAAAAAAGGUCUUUGUUAUAGCAUACGCUUGAAAGGACAUUGUAUCUGACCUUUUAUUUGCAUUCUUUGAGAAUGUUUAUUCAUAGAACAAGUGAGGAACAGCAUAACAAUGAUGACGAAGAGAAAAUUGAUGCGCUUUAAAAUGAUGA